UCAAGCCCUGCCGUCCUAUGACCAACAAUGCUGGCAGACUUUUCCACUACCGGAUUACAGUCUCCCCCCCUACAAACUUUUUGACUGAUAGACCAACUGUUAUAGAAUAUGAUGAUCAUGAGUAUAUCUUUGAAGGAUUUUCUAUGUUUGCACACGCCCCCCUGACCAAUAUUCCACUGUGUAAAGUAAUUAGAUUCAACAUAGACUACACGAUUCAUUUCAUUGAAGAGAUGAUGCCGGAGAAUUUUUGUGUGAAAGGACUUGAACUCUUCUCACUGUUUCUAUUCAGAGAUAUUUUGGAAUUAUAUGACUGGAAUCUUAAAGGUCCUUUGUUUGAAGACAGUCCUCCCUGCUGCCCAAGAUUUCAUUUCAUGCCACGUUUUGUAAGAUUUCUUCCAGAUGGAGGAAAGGAAGUGCUGUCCAUGCACCAGAUUCUCCUCUACUUGCUCCGGUGCAGCAAAGCUCUGGUGCCUGAGGAAGAGAUUGCCAACAUGCUUCAGUGGGAGGAGCUGGAGUGGCAGAAGUAUGCAGAGGAAUGCAAAGGCAUGAUUGUUACCAACCCCGGAACGAAACCAAGCUCUGUCCGUAUCGAUCAACUGGAUCGUGAACAGUUCAACCCCGAUGUGAUUACUUUUCCGAUUAUCGUCCACUUUGGGAUACGCCCUGCACAGUUGAGUUAUGCAGGAGACCCACAGUACCAGAAACUGUGGAAGAGUUAUGUGAAACUUCGCCACCUUCUAGCAAAUAGUCCCAAAGUUAAACAAACUGACAAACAGAAGCUGGCACAGAGGGAGGAAGCACUCCAAAAAAUACGACAGAAGAAUACAAUGAGGCGAGAAGUAACAGUAGAACUGAGUAGCCAAGGAUUCUGGAAAACUGGCAUCCGUUCUGAUGUCUGUCAGAGAUAGGUGUCUGGACCCUAUGCUGUACUGAGGAGGUGGUCCACAGUAAUCAAUAAACAGAAUCAUAAUACAUCAAAAAGGGAGCAAGGAAUCUGCUCUAGCACAAUUAUAUGACCAGUGUGAGCCUCAUGCCAAGUGGGAGGACAUUGUCAUUUAUU